AUGACAACCUCCGACGAGUCAGUGCGGUGGCCGCUGGCAAUAGGUGGUGUGGUGAUGCGGGGCAGCCCAACAGCGGUGGUGGCACAACAUGGCGACGAGUGGCGGCGCCGCGGCGCAUCGGCGGCGACGAGGCGGAAAAUGGCAUUGCAACUACAUUACGGUGGGGCGGCAACGCAUCGGCGGUGCGGCGACGUCGGCGGGCAGCAGCAGCGUUUCGAUGGGGCGGUGGCGGCACACGCGCGCUUGGACUACUCAUCGGCGGCGACUGAGAUCGGCGCACGGCUCUGGGCCAGGUGCACGGCGGCGACCUUGAGCCACUCUGAGCCCAGGUUCGGCUGCGAGACGAGGUACGCGACGAGCCGGGCCACCGGCGCGGUCGAGUUCGAGCUCCUCCCGUGGACCGACACGGGAAAACCGGCGCGGCGUCGUCCGUCGAGGCGGGCAGCCCCGCGAGUCCUCGGCGUGACGGGUCCGAUUUCACAGUGCCGCACCGCACCGCACCGCACUUCCAUCGAGCCUGACGUGCCCACAACGGAAGCGGGCGCCGAGCGUAACGGACCUCCCCCAAAUCCUCCUGGCCAGAUUCAAUCCCGUCCCUCCCCCUCCACGGCUACCGCCUCUCGCCCCCCUCCACCCCCCACCGCCGCGCCGCGCACCUCGCCCCCCUCCUCCCCUCCGCCUCCACCGCCACCGCCGCGCUCUACUCGUCCGCCUUCCUCCGCUUCUUCCCCAGAAUGGAGCUCGUCGCGGGGGGUCACCACUCACCAGACGGCGGCGCCGUUCGCGCUCUGCCCGGGCCAGCAUCUGCUCGCCGUCGGGAUGGCGGCGCAGGGCCGCGGUGACGCCGGGAGACGGACGUCGCGCGUGGAUGUGCUUCAGCUCCUCCGGCCCAGCGGCGAGCACCCCCUUGCAUACCCGCUGCAGGUGGAUUGCCUGGUCGGAGCACCAGGGCUGCGCAGGCUGGCGUGGUCCGCGCCGCCGACGGGCUACGAGCCUGGAUUCACAUUCGCCGAUCAGGAGCUAUACCAGGCCGGCCUCCUCGCCGGCGGUUUCGAUGACGGCACCGUCCGUAUCUGGAAUCCCGAGCCCGCACUGCUUUGGGAUCUUAAUCAGGGCGUUGCAGAAAAGCCAAAGCCUGUGCUGAAAAUGGACGACAACCCUGCAUUGGCGCUGGUUUACGAAAAAGAUCUCCCACAAACUGUCUCAGGUAUGAACGACACAAUUGGCAAAAUCGAAUGGGCAUCGAGAAACACGAAGUGGAAGAAAACUGGGUCAAAUGUUCGUGAUACAAACGCAGAGUGGUACAUCUGUCCCAAGGAGGUGCAUUAUCAAGUGACAAACGAAAUGGAUCUGCUGACGGAAUCUCAUGAUUUGGAAGGCCCGGUUCUGGGUUUAUCUUUCAGUGACAUCAAACCUCACCUGAUUGCUACUGGUGCUUCGGACGAGACCAUUACUAUCCACGAUUUAAGCUAUCCGAUUAAGCUAUCAAACCUGACACUUGAGUUGAAAGAUGCUGGAUCGUCGGAGGUGGAGACUGAGAUCACAUCCCUGAAAUGGAACAAGAUUUAUCCAUGCAUUCUUGCCUCCACGACUAAUAAAGGAAGCACAAAGUUUUGGGAUAUUAGAGCCAAAAAGUCGCUGAAGACAUGCAAAGCCGGAAAAGUGAAGAUGUGCUCAGAUCUUGAAUUCAGUCUGAGGAAUCCCAUGCACGCAGCUGUUUCAACAGUUGAUAAUGGUGCCUCAGCAGCAGUUACGAUCUGGGAUAUGAGAAAACUCAUUGUUCCAUAUUAUCAGUACAACGUUGGUGCUCCAGGGGUAAUCUCAUUGUCUUGGAAUCACUUAGGUCAGCUCCUCGCUUCACAUGUUGAUGGCUCGAUAAGUUGCUAUGACGUCUACGACAGGAAGAUGGUGGAAGGGGGCAGUAGCUAUGCUCACGCUGAUCUUGGAGUGACCUGGACUCACUCUGAAAAUGUAGUCGCGGCACUCUCUUCCAAGAAAGGAGUUAGGCUAUAUCAGCACUGAGCGACAGCGGAAGCAAAAAGCUGAGAGAGUCGAUACUUAAAAGCUGAGUUCACCGAUACGGGAGACUGCUGAAAGUACAGCAAUAGGCAUAAUGUAGACUAGAAUAUACUCCCGGUGUAAACUAAUAUAAGACUUUUUAGAUCACUAUUUUAGCGAUUCAAAAGGUCUUAUAUUUGUUUGCAGAGGCAGUACAGCGGUACCAUGCAUAUGUCCAACACUUGUUUUUGCGUGGCUAACCAAAGUGAAAGGAAAAGAAACAGAGGCUUCACGUGUACAACCCUUUUGAUUGAUUCUUGAUACUUGUAUGCAAGUGAGAUAGAUCAUAGAUUUGCCAGUUUGAUUGGUUAAUCAAUUUUGCAUUGGUUCC